UUGCCAUCCAAAUUGUCAAAUUUCCAAAUUCCCAAACCCGAAAUUGGACGGCCAGAUAAAACUCUCCUUUCUCCACGGAAUUUGAUAAAAUCCAAAAUCUGUUCGCUUCAUUUUGCAGUUUCCAAAUAGGAAAAAGGUCUCUUUUUUCACUUUCACUAUCACUUGCAUAUCAUCACCAACCUUUUCUUAUCGGCUCGACUUCUUCUCCAUUGUCACAAACCUCAAGUGGGUUUUUAUUGUUUUGCUAUUUCAUCCCCUUUGAAGCCCGGAAUUUGCGCUGUGACAAAUGGGUUGUGGGCGCUUUGUUUUUUCUUAAAUUGGGUUUGUGCCGUUUGACAGAAAAUUCUUGUCUUGAACUGGUUUUCUUUAUCAUUUUGGUUAGGUCGUCUUUUGUUUCUCUGCAUGUGUGUUUAAGAGUGGAAGAGAGAGAGAGGAAGAGAAAAGGGUAGAAGAAGAUGUUGAACUUCAAGGAUAUUUGGACUAAGAAAACAUUGGUGGGUCUUGGUUUGGGGCAGUUUCUAUCACUGCUCAUCACUUCUACUGGAUUUUCAUCCUCUGAACUUGCCAGAAGAGGAAUUAAUGCACCAACUUCUCAGUCUUUUCUAAAUUAUGUGCUCUUGGCCAUUGUUUAUGGAAGUAUUAUGCUAUAUCGGAAGCAAGCUCUUAAGGCUAAAUGGUACUACUACAUAAUCCUGGCAAUCGUAGAUGUAGAGGCCAACUUUCUUGUGGUGAAGGCCUAUCAGUACACAUCUCUUACAAGUGUCAUGCUGCUGGAUUGUUGGUCAAUUCCAUCUGUUAUGCUUCUUACAUGGCUUUUCUUGAGUACAAAGUAUAGAUUGAAGAAGAUUGCUGGAGUACUUGUUUGUGUUGGUGGACUGGUCAUGGUUGUUUUUUCUGAUGUUCAUGCAGGUGACCGAUCAGGGGGGAGCAAUCCUCGUAAAGGGGAUGCUCUUGUUAUUGCUGGUGCAACGCUGUAUGCCAUUAGUAAUGUCAGUGAGGAGUUCCUUGUGAAGAAUGCAGACAGAGUUGAGCUCAUGUCCCUGCUGGGAUUUUUUGGUGCAAUAAUUAGUGCUAUCCAAAUAAGCAUUCUUGAGCGCAAUGAGCUUAAAUCUAUUCACUGGUCAGCUGGAGCAGCUCUUCCAUUUGUGGGUUUUGCACUUGCUAUGUUUCUAUUUUACUCAUUUGUCCCUGUCCUGCUCAAGAUUAAUGGGUCAACAAUGCUCAAUCUGUCUUUGCUAACAUCAGAUAUGUGGUCCGUAGUUAUUCGCAUUUUUGCUUACCAUGAUAAGGUUGAUUGGAUGUACUAUGUAGCAUUUGCUGCUGUUGCUGUUGGGCUGGUUAUUUAUUCAGGGGCUGACAAGGAGGAACACCGUGCCGAUGUUGUUGAUGAAGGAGCCGAGCGAAGCAAACAUUUUGAUGAGGAGUUAGGUUCUGGGAACCGCAGCCAAGGAACAUUGGUGGGAAGCUCAAAAACAGGGGAUAGCAGCAAGCGAGUCCCUGCUACCAGUGGCAUUCGAGAAAAGCAAGAAAAUUAUAACAAGAACAUAGGAAAAGAUGCACUAGAGAAGAAAUCAUAGUUCAGCAACUUCGAUUAGAAAUAGUAGCUGCAAAUGUAAUGGCGGCCCCUCCAAAAAGUGUGGAUGUCGCCUGCCAUAGUAUUUCCAUCCACAAAUUAUCUUUUUUCUUAAAAAGGUUGAGCUCCCAUUUUCAGUUUCCUUCAUCAUUGGUAUCCAGAGUUCAUUUAGUUCCAUUAAUGAUAUGGACAAUGAAAAAUUGGUAGCUGUAGUGGUGCUUGCAGCAUCAGAAGCAUUGAGACAACAUCGGAAACAGAUACAACGUAUUUUAUGUUUUGUUCUUCAAAUAUAGCAAUAAUGUUUUUUUUUUA